AUGGCAGGCGUGAAAAGGAAACCAGAAGAUAUGGCAACCGAUCCGGCCACAUCGCCUGAGACAAAGUCCCCAUUUCUUCCAAUUUUCGAAACCUUCCGGGCAGAGCUGGACGAGCACCAUGACCGUAGAGAGAAUAUCACCAAAGCGUCCAGAGAUGUGACUGCUCAGAGUAAGAAGAUCAUCUUCGCCUUACAAAGAGUCCGUGAGCUGGGCAAGCCUAUCCACCCUUCAAUUUCGAAGACAAUUACUCCCAUGUACACUACCAUCCGCAACCUAUUAGAAGGUGUCGUCCCAGAUUUACAGAGCAUCAACACGUACCGAUACCGAGACAGGAUUACAGGAGGCAUCCAGGAGUACAUCGAAGCGGUGACAUUCCAGUACUACCUAGAGACCCAGCGGAUCAUGAGCUUCGAUGAGGCAGCGGCUCAACUCCCCGAAGGUAUCAUGCUCACCUACGAGGAUUACGCGCUGGGCCUGUUUGAUAUGACUGGCGAGCUAAUGCGGUUUGCCAUCACAUAUAUGGCCACGAACGGGAAAUUACCGACACAUUCAGGAGAAGACAAGUCGUCCAAAUCUUCGAUCUUGACUGAUAUGCAAGAUCUCCGAGCCGCCUUCGAAGGGGUCAAUCCCGGGAAAGUCUACCCUUUGACAAAGGAAUUCGAGUCCAAACUCAAGACCACAAGGCAGUCGGUGGAGAAGGUCGAGAACGGCGUCUACCAGAUGAUCGUCCGGGGCAAGGAGAGGCCUAAAGGUUGGAGGCCGGACACCGACACCAGAGGUGGGGGCGAGACUGAGGCAGUGGAGAGCUAUUGA